AGCGUGGGAACGGGCUUCGUCACUUUCUCCGUGUUAUGGCCCCAACGCUAAGGGCGGGCAGCGCCGACCCUCCCGUCGAGAAAGCCUGGGUAGCGGCGUGGACCCCUGUCCUUGCUUCUGCUGUUCUAGGUUCGGUGCUAACUAUUGCUGGCAUCUCUGUCUACGUACGUUUCUUUCGCCGUUUCCCAACUUCGGACGCAGUGAGGCCCGUCGUCCUUGCUGAGAGGAGAUGGAUCAAGGGUGUUGUGACGAGCGUUGGGGAUGGUGAUAAUUUUCGACUGUACCACACUCCCGGCCCGUUUUGGAGCAAGUUUCGACGCGUGCCGGAUACGUCGAAAGAGCUUCAAAACAAGACGAUUCAUAUUAGGCUUUCGGCAGUUGAUGCGCCUGAGGCGGGUCACUUCGGCCGGCCACCCCAACCUUAUGCUUCUGAAGCUAUCGCUUGGCUCAAAUCACUUAUCCAGGGCCGUAGAGUUCACUGCCAACUCGUUAGAAGAGAUCAAUAUGGGCGUAUUGUUGCUAACGUCCACCUUCCACCUCGAAUACUACCCUCACCGUUAUUUACUGGGAAGAACGUGAGUUAUGAGAUGAUCCGUGCCGGGUGGGCAACUGCUUAUCUGCAGUCGGGGGCUGAAUACGGUACCAUCGGCAAGGAAGGGUUCCUCAAGGCCGAGGCGGAUGCCAAGGCUGCUCGUCGGGGAAUGUGGGCGAAGGGGCUAUCCGUCGAGACCCCUGCUGAGUAUAAACGACGAUUUGCUUUGGAUCCCAUCAAAGGCGGCGCGCAAGUUCCCCAAACAACCGAGAGGACCAGGGGAUUUCUACGGAACCUAUGGCCUUGGAGGAGCUAGUUGGACACCAAGCCCUCUUCAGUCACUGCAGGGCUACGAUUGCCAUUGCGUCCCUAAUUUCUGCAUUCCAAAUGACAACAGGGGAAGGUUAUUACAU